AUGGCAAUGGGAAUUUGGAAGCGUGUUUUCUUUGAACCAUUGCGAAGUCAACUAACAUUAACAUGUCUUCAAUUCAUCAAUACCGAACGUCAAAAUGAAAUAAUUGAUACUCGAUUUAUACGUGCAAUUGUACAAAGUUAUGUCGAACUUGACUUUGAUGAAGAUUCAUCUGUACCAUAUUGUAUUGAUCAAAUAACAUCUUCAAGAUUGAAAAUUUAUAAAAACAACUUUGAAGUACCAUUUCUUCAAUAUAUAGAAAAAUUUUAUCGACGGGAAGUAGUUAAUCUUCUUGUUAAAAAUUCAAUGAUUGAAUAUUUGAAAAAGGUAGAACAACGUUUUCAAGUAGAUAUACAUCGAGUAGAAUCAUACUUACAUUCAUCAACAUUAGCACCAUUAAUUAAAAAACUUGAACAAAUAUUCAUUCUUGAUCAACUUGAACCAAUCUAUACUGAAGCAAAAACACUUUUACACAAUGAAAACUAUUCAUAUUUUGCAUUUCUAUUCAAACUAGUUGGUCGAAUACCAAAUACGAUUAUUGAAUUAAAAAAGAUUGUUGAAGAAAAUUUUUGUCCAAAAGUUAUUAAAUCUAUCACACCAAUCAGUGUCACUGCAAUUGAUGCUUCGACAAAUUAUGUUGAAUCAAUUCUUAAUAUUCGUGAGGAAUUCUUCAAAGUUGUACAAGAUUUUUUUCAUAAUGACGAACAUUUUAUUGCUGCUACUUGUAGAAAUUUUAUUAAUAAUAAUGUAUUACCAGAAAGUGCUGAUAAUGCAGGAAAAUCAGCUGAAUUAUUAACCCGAUAUUGUGAUAAACUUUUACAAAAAGGAAGUGAAGUCGAUAUUGAGGAAAAAUUCGAUCAGAUUAUGGUAUUAUUUUCUAUU